GCUUGGCGCAGCAGGCACUAGUAGCAUCCAAUGCGGACUUUUCCUGUUGGGCUGACUUUCGUGGGACGUGCCUUCAGGAUUCCGAUGCUGCAGAAUUACUCGGCUGCCUCGGCAAUCUGCGUGUUGCACGGCUCUGGCUGGCUUCCAACAGCCUCACGCAGAAGUCCGCUGGACGACUGCGGGACUUCGUGCAGCGAGCGGAGGGUCUCCGGGACUUGGACUUGGCCUGCAACGACCUGGACGAUGAGGCGGUGUUUGGGCUUAUUUCUGCAUUGGCAACGAGAAAACGCUAUCAGCGGUGGCUCUAUCUGGCGGGAAACCAGGUGCGCAAUCCGCCAGCGCUACUAGAGCGGCUGCGGCGUGCGGGGGUGCAUGUGUGCCUGGACGAAGCCUCGUCGGACCUACCGAGCGAUGGGGACCACAUCUGCCUACCCUAUUUCUGCUUCCAAAGUCCUGACACCGUUGACCGAGACCCUGGCCUGGAGAAGCCAGGUGAGGCCAAGCAAAUUCAUACAGAACUCGAGGAGGAGCGGGCCGUUCCAAGCUUGUCCGCCAAAGCGAGCAAAGAUGUCACCUCGGCUUUACGAACCCUAAGAACCAUCAUCCCUCCUUCAGAUCCAGAGCAGACGCCGCUGUUGCCACAGACUCUGCCACAAACUGUGCGGCCGGAGGCUUUGCCACAGUCUGUGCCACUGGCCGAUGCAAUUUUCCCCAUUCCCGCGCUCUCGCAAUUUGGGCAGGUUAACGGCUUUCACAUGGCUCCUGAACCUUUCUUUCUCGGACAAGCGAUGUCCACAACAACUCCCACCCCAUUGAUGAACCCCUUGAUGACCCCAUUGCAGGUGCCUGAGCUGAAUGGCAUGCCUCCCCCGCCCCCACCUGUGCCUCCGCUCAACACGACGUGUGCAACCCCGCGGACGCCUCCGUUGCCUCUUGAUUUGUUUACAGAUUUGCACGCUGGUGGCCUGGCUGGUCUUACCUCUGGAUCGAUUGCCCCGACUCUGGUGAACAUGCCUGGGGCAUUUACUUCGCCAGCAAUGGCCACUGCUCCGAAUGGCUGUCACCCAGCUCCCGGCGAUCUCGCUAUGGCAUUCGGUGCGGUCGAUGCAGAGUCUGGGAGGACCGAGGUGGGAGAGGCACCUUGGAAGUCACAACGGCGCCGUGCGAGGAAGCCCGGAGUGUCCUGA